CCCUCCCAGAUCAAGCUUGAUGGCCUGACCCAGCUCAACUUAGCGUUUGCAUACAUCGACCCCCAAUCGUUCCAGAUCCGUCUACAAAACCCACAAGACGAUGGAGUCUAUCGUGAAUUCGUCGGGUUGAAAGACCGUGGCCUGCAGGUCUGGCUUGGUGUUGGCGGCUGGGAAUUCAGUGAUGCGGGCCCCACGCGCACCACCUGGUCCGACAUGGUCAACAGUGCUACAAACCGAAAUGCCUUCAUCGCAUCGACCGUUCAAUUUCUCAAGAACUAUGGCUUCCAAGGUCUUGACAUCGAUUGGGAAUGGCCUGCUGCUACCGGCCGCGGCGGUCGGCCAGAGGACAAGCAAAAUCAAGUCAUUUUCAUGAAGGAGUUGCGCGAGGCUCUUGGAAAAGAUUAUGGUCUCACCUGUGUCCUGCCCCACGAUAACAACUUCUUGGAAGGUAUCGAUAUCAAGGCUUUAGCGGAGCAUGUCGAUUGGUUCAAUGUCCUAACUUACGAUCUUCACGGCUCGUGGGACCAAAGUAACCCGGCAAUCGGAGCUAAGAUGCGCCCGCACACCGAUCUGAAGGAGAUCGACACCCACCUGGAAGCUCUGUGGGCUACCGGUGUCGAUCCAGGAAAGUUUACGCUUGGGUUGGCCUACUAUGGUCGUGGGUACAUAGCCGCUGACCCCAACUGUCUGUUCUACGACUGCUCGUUCUCCGGACCAAGCACUGCCGGCAAAUGCUCUACUCAAGCUGGUAUCCUCAGCGGCUGCGAAAUCAAGCGCAUUAUCAGAGACCAGAACCUCACUCCAACUCUUAUCGAAGGAGGUGCUAGUGCUAUGCAGAUUGCAUGGGGUGACCAAUGGGUCAGCUACGACAACGACCGGACGUUCUCUCUGAAGAAGGACUUUGCAAACAAGCGUUGUAUGGGUGGUACUGCUGUGUGGGCGAUCGAUUAUGAC